GAAUAGUGAAUCGCAACCGAAUCUCGGCUGAGGUCUCUUGUUUUGGUAAUCAUGUGUUUCUUGUCCAACAAUAUGUCUAACUACCAGCCUUGCAACAACCUCAAAAUGUGUUUCUGCAACGCAUUUUUUAACGUUUGUAACAUUUUACUAGCUGUCUCUUUUUCAUGUUGUUAUGUCGUACUUGCGCUAUAAAUGCAUCAAGUUGCCCAUCAAAAUUAUUAUGUUCUUUUCCUGUAACCAGUUCUUGUGGCAUCCGAACCGAAUCCAAACGAACAAAUCAAAGCGUGAAGAGUCCACUCGCGUUUAGUAUGGCCUUGUUUAGUGCUGGCGAAAAAUUGAGCACUGUGGCCUGUGCAAUUAAUCGUCAAGCCUGCCGCCUCUGCUGACCUCUCCACCUCGCAUCUGCUGCACUGACCGCGCCGUGUCGAGGUGAGGACCGCUGACCGCCGCUGACCGGGCGCUGGCCAUGGGUGACCUCACCACCGACCUGCUCUGCUUCGGUAACCCGCUGCUGGACAUGAUCCUGCGGGUGGAGGACGGCCAGCUGCUCACCAAGUACCGCCUGCUGCCCGAUAACCAGAUCGAGGCCGACGACGACCAGAAGGCUCUCUUCGACGAGGUUUUCGCCAGGAGCGGCGAGGUGACGUUCUGCCCGGGCGGCUGCGCCCAGAACACGGCCCGCAUCUACCGCUGGAUCCUCGGAGACCGCUCCUCCGUCUCCUUCGUGGGCGCCGUGGGAGCCGACAAGUUCGGACAGCGACUCGAGAAACUGGUGCGAGCCGACGGCGUCAACACUCGGUAUGUGGUGCACGAGGACCGUCCGACGGGCCGCGCCGUCAGUCUGGUCUGGGGCACCAACCGCUCCCUGGUGGCCGACCUGGGCGCGGCCACCCUCUGCCGUCCGGACCGGGUGUUCACGCCGCGCAACCUGGCCCUGCUCACCGGCGCCCAGUUCGUCUACAUCGAGGGGUUUUUCGUAACGCACGACCCGGAGACGGCGGUGCAGGUGGCGCGCUACUGCUCGCACAGCGGCCGGCGGCUGGUGUUCAGCCUGUCGGGCACCUACGUGUGCGAGCGGCACACGAGCACCAUCUGUCAGCUGCUGCCGCACGUCUCCUUCCUGUUCGGACACGUCACAGAGCUGACCGCACUGGCUCGCGCCCUAGGACUGGAGGACGAGUUUGACAUAUCGCCGCUGGGCUACGCGCGCCUGCUGGACGCCGCCUUGACCCGGCUCAAUACGGUGGAGGCCAUGACCCAGUCGGACGAGCCCGACCAGCCCGCCGACCAGGCGCUGCUCAACGGCGACAGUCCCCAGCUCAGGAUAAUUGUCACGCAGAGCGCCGAUCCGGUGCUGCUGCUGGACGGCGUCUCCCUGGUCUCCGUGCCCGUGCCGGCCAUCGACGAGCGCCAGAUCGUGGACACAACCGGCGCGGGCGACGCCGUGGUCGGCGGAUUCCUGGCCGGACAGUUCCUCGGCGAGUCGCUCGAGGACUCUGUCAGGUACGGCGUCCUGGCCGCUCGGGAGGUAGUCCAGGCACUGGGCUGCUCCAUCCCGGCGCGGGGCCACCCGCUGACCGAGCCUCCUCUCACCAACGGCGUGGCUAGCUAACCCGUCUGACGGACCACGCACUCCGCACGGACCGGGCGGCGGCGGCGGCAGGUCAGUGGGAGCAGGGCCGGCGGCCGUCAGCCCGUCUCGGCCCAGUGGUGUGACCCGCCGCCCACGGGGUGCCGCGGCUCCCCGCUGCCAGUGGGCGACCACCGGCCGGCGGGCAGCGGAGGGCGGACCGCUCAGGUGACCGUCUAGUCCGGGUAGGUAGUUGUGAUUUCUGAGAUCGACUUCUCGGUUAGUACGAGGGGUCGGGCGGGUCACGUGAUCUGACUGGAACCAAUUCUGGUGGGUCACGUGAGCCCUGCCCCGGGUUCUUAUCAGUUCGGUGCAAUAUUAGGUGAAAGGGACUUCUAGUUCAGGAAUGCGAUGUCCGCGACUGUUUGGUAGAAUAGUCGUACUAGUCGUUCGGUUUAGUUGAGUUCUGGUGUUAAAGUUGUUUUCAGUCAUCACAUUUGUUUUGUGUGGGUUCAACUGAAGAUAUUAAGUCGGUGCAGUGUACUGUGCAAUGGAGUGCGAGCAGGAGCUUUAGCCGCUUGUGAUAAGAGCAAUUGCUGCCUUGUUGAUAUUCGAUGUAAUGGAUUUGAUCCAGUGAUUGCUGACCUAGUCUUCGGUGCGGUGUAUUAUCAGUUUAUCUGCUACCUUUCAAAUGCAUGUACAUUGUAUGAAAUUGACCAGUUGCAAUACAGGGUGUGAUGCA